GGACCUAACCACGCAUUUCGCUGUAAGGUCUUCAAGAAGCCUCGCCCAUGUCAUUUAUGCCAUCAACCCAUUCUCAACCAAGGCUCAUGUUGUAGAGUGUGCAAGUACGUCUGCCACAAAGUCUGUGAGAGUAAGGAAGCUGCUGAUCGUUUUAUGGAUACGAGUUGGCAAAUCCAUCGUCAGUGGUUCAAGGAUAUAAGAAAAGCUUUCCCGACUGCGAAAACAGAUAAAACUGAUUCAGGCAAUCAAAAAAACGACAAAACUCCACAGCGAAACGGAUUAAAAUUAACACAAAAAGAAACAGAAAAAGACGAUGCUUAUGCGACAAUCAAUGGAACACGUAAAAACUUGGAAAUAGUAAAAGCGAUAGUGUCAAAUGAAGUAAAUUCUAAACCAGAAAAGCAGAAAAAUAAUACUUUAUCGCAUACUCAUCAUGAGCCAGUUAGACAUGAGCCGGUUGGGAAUAAGAUGUUAGCAUCGUACAGCGGGGUGAGUUAUGGCGACGCUUUUACAACUCAACCCCGUUCAACAAAAAGUAGCAUAAGGUGCAGCGGAACUGCAGGAAUGGAUUUGAGUUACGUCACCGAAAGGAUAAUAGCGCUAUGGUUCCCGUCUGCCGUCUCAAAGCAGACGUACAAACAAGGACAACGACAUGCUGCACAUAUGCUUCGUAACAAGCAUGGAGACAAUUACAUGGUUUUUAAUUUGUCGGAGCCAAAGCGUAUUUUGCGUAGUGAACAUAAGCAUGUUAAGGAAAUGGGAUGGCCAGCUAAAUUGGCGCCUCCCUUGGAAAGAAUUUGCAGUAUUUGUAAGGAAAUAGAGUCCUGGCUAUCCGGAGAUAAGCACAGAAUUGCAGUUCUACAUGCGCGUGGAAGCAAAGAUAAACUGGGUGUCGUGGUAACUUCGUACAUGCACUACUCUAAUAUAUGUGGAACCGCUGACCAAGCACUAGACAGAUUUGCCAUGAGAAAGUACUUGGAAGAGAACAUAGGUCCAUUCCAUCUUCCGUCAAACAAAAGGUAUGUGGAGUAUUUUGCCGGGUUACUGUCCCACAACAUUAAAAUCAACACGGCACCUCUCUACCUCACUCACGUCACCGUUCUUGGAGCUCCUUCCUUUCAGUAUGGCGGAUGUAGAGCGUUCUUGAAACUCUACGAAGGCCACACGCCGAUAUACACUUCAGGAAUAUACAGUGUGUCGAAUGGUAUAAGACAGUUUACCGUAAACAUUUCAACGGAGAGGCGACAUGGCUUACAACUGAGAGGUGAUAUUCUGGUUAAAUGUUAUCAUCGAGGAAUUAAUGGACGAGAAACGAUUUUUGCUUGUCAAUUCCAUACGUGUGCUGUCGCUGACUACACGCUGAGUUUUACAAGACAGGAGCUAGACAACGCAUGCACGGAUGCCCGUUUUCCUGCGGAUGGGGCAGUUGAGCUACAUUUUUCUCCUGGGCCCGAAGGUCGUCUGACAACAACACCUGCUCCAACUCCUGCAGUGCCCGUAACGUUAGCUGAUGAUCCAAUAACAAGGGCCGACAGUCCAUUAGAUGCUCCUGAUUCGGAAGAAGAUUACAAUUCGGAAGGUAAGCUUCAAUGAAACUGUCGAACGCCA